AUGACGAUGAUAGACAUGCUUGAUGAUACAGUUGAAGAUAAAAAAAACGAAAAAUUCCCGGCCUACUAUAAAUUUGUUACCAAUAUAGAUUUAGUUGGAAAAAUUGUAAAUAACAUUGAAAAUGAUACGCUACCGGUUGAUAAUUUUGAAGAUAUUGAUAAUUUUACCAUUUCAUUGCCACAAUACAUAACCGGACAAAAAUAUCCGCCACCAAGGCCAAAACAUCAAAUAAUUCCGGAUAAUUUCACGCAAGAGAAAUUGUCAGAAAUUUCAAAAAUACAUUACCCGGAAAUUAAAUUAGUUGUUAUGUCGGCAACACUAAAUACCGAAAAAUUUCAUUCAUACUUCAUAAAAUAUGGCUACACGCCAAAUAUUAUUAAUAUUCCCGGUCAAGCUCAAAAAUUGACAAUACAAUAUGCAUCGCCAUCAUCAUCUCAUCAAAACAAUAAUGAUGAAGAUUCUUCUACAAACGAACAAGAAGACAUUCUCAUAUUUUUACCGGGCAUGGAUGAAAUAAAUAUGCGCGAAGAACAUAUUAAGGCACACAAGCUAAGUAAAAACUAUUCUUUAGAAAUCCGGCGUUUGCAUCGUAAACUUUGUAAUGGAAGAAAAGAUGUAAACGAAAUUACUUCGAUCUUUAAAAACCGGCUAAUUUAUUUAUCAACAAAUAUCGCAGAGACGUCAAUUACUCUGCCAAAUUUAAAGUUUGUCAUAGACAGUGGAUACGAAAAAUCCAUAAAAUAUAUUCCGGAGAUUGAUGCAAUUAGCGUUCAAUUAAACAUGAUUACACAAAGCUCGGCCAAUCAGCGAGCUGGCCGUGCUAGUAGAGUAUCAGAUGGUCUAGUGUAUCGUGCAUAUACCGAAGAACGGUAUAAUGCUAUGUGCGAACAUAAGAUCCCGGGAAAUCAAAGUUUGUUAUCUUACUGCCUCAAAGUCAUGGACUUUACCAAGAAGCCGGUUAAUUUUAUAAGCAAUUUAAUAAACCCACCAAAUGCCAACGAAAUUUAUAUGGCAAUAAAACAACUGCACUUGUUGCGAGCGGUGAAUUACACAGAAUCAGAUCAGGAACCUACUCUCACACGUUUGGGUAGAAAAAUAAUUGACAUAAAUGCUGAAGUCCCGGUUGUAAUUUCAUUAAUCUAUGGCAUUGCAUUUAAAUGUAUAGAUCCGGUUAUGUAUAUACUAAGCGCACAAAAUGAUUCUUGUAUUUACCAAGAAACCGGUCGAUCGAAAGAAUCGAGAAAAAUUGAAACCUCCAAACAAAUAGCCGGAUUUUUAAACAAUAAAAAUGGUAAAGGUGAAUCAGAUCAUUUCAUUGAUUUGACCAUCUUUCAACAUUGCCUAAAGUACAAUAUAGCCAAAGUCCAUGAACAAAUGCAAAUAAAUUCGGAUCUUUUGAAUAAAAAUCGAUCAUUCUAUGAUGAUCUAAAAAAGUUUCUCAAAUUUCAUUUCUCAAAUGUAAUUGAUAAGGAUAUAAAUAAAAACGCAAAUAACCCGGAUUUAAUUAGAUUUUGCAUUGCGGCCGGUCUACGACAUAAAAUUGCAUACAGAGACGAAAAUGAUGGGAAAUGGUUUGAUUACAAAACCAAUCAAAAACUUAAAAUUAAUUUAAAGUCUUCUGUUCAAGAAAAUACCGAAAUACCAACUAGCAAAAUUUACGAAGUGACUAUUGCCAUUCAUGAUAUUUGGCAUAUGGGAGAAAAACCAUUAAAUGCCGAAUUCAAAGAUAUAAUCCGGGAUAUUUUCAGUGAGUUUGAAAUCAUACACACGUAUGUACAAACUCUGGAGCCACACCAAGGCUAUAUAGUUGUGCCAAGCACAACAAAUGUCAAUAAAAUUUUUGAAUUAGAUACACUACCCGGCAAAAAUGAAAACAAAUUAACACUUGGAUUUGGCUAUUGUAGAAAUGUUAAUUUUAUGAAUUCCCAAAAUCCGAAAUUUUGGAAUGAACAAUUGUUUGCCAGACAUUAUCCGGAAAUUUCUUUACCAACCAAAUGA